AUGUGCCUUUUUCUCGAAAUUCGCGCCGAAUUCGAAGCGGAUGUGCGCUGGACGUGCUCGGACGAGACGGUGUCGAUAUUCGUGCGCACGCCGCUUCCAUUCGACGGUCUCGUGGAGACGCGCGCGAAUCCCGCGCAAUCGACUCGAUGUCGCGUUCAAGGUUUCGGCACGAACGUCGCCGUGCUGAAAUUGAAAUUGGCGAGUGACGAGUGCGGAAUGCGCUACAAUUCGACGACGAAAACCUAUUCGGUGACCAUCGACGUUCACUCGCAUCCGGUUCUGAUUGUCGACGGCGACAAAUCGUUGGAGAUCGUGUGUCGCGAGAAUCAGAACGACACGCGUUCGCCGAUCGACGAGCCAACGUCGGAUUAUGAGCUUCGCGUGUUGUCGAGUCGCCUACCGGUCGACGUCGUCAAUUAUUCGCAGCCCUACACACUUCAAGUGCGUCGACGUCGUCCGACGUCGUCGUCGAGCAGCUUCUACGUCGGCAAGUGUACGGCGGAGCCGAUCGGCGGCAACGUGACGGUUCAGCUGACCGAUUCGAUUGGUUGCGCGCUGUUCAAAUCGAUAAUGGGCGAUUUCAAGCGGCGCGAGUUCGUCGAGGAGGCCGACGUGCCGUCGAUGUUCAAAUUUCCGGCGGCGUCCGAAUUGCGAAUCGCGUGUGUGGUGACGUCGUGCGACGGCGUCGAAUGCGAGCGACGAUCGUGUCGCGACAGCGCGUCGACGUCGACACUCCUCGAGCGAACGACGGCGUCGAUCGAGACGGACGACGUGCAAACCGCGACGAUCGUCGUCGGCCUUCAGAAGCGUCGACGCGAGACGACGGCGACGACGAGCACGCCGGCAAUUCCGCAAGUCGGCCUCAUAAGGAAGGACGAUUCGAUGGUGGCGGCGGCGGCGCCGUCGAGUCACGAGUGCGUCAGCGAGUUCGAGUUCAAACUUCUCUACUAUCUUUGCAUAUUUUUGGCAGUGGCGUCCAUCAUUGGGUUCACAAUGAAUAUAAUACUGUGUGUAAUGCUACGUCGACGGCGAACGCAGAAGCCGAAGAAGCGUCAUGUGCCGGCGAGUCAUCAGCUGCAAUUGCCGAAGGGUGCGAACAAGCCGCCGGAUUUUUGGAUUGUCGAAGAAGCGGCCGACAUCGCGCCGGGCGUUUAUGGUCCGCGAGGCGAUUCGCUGCUCUCUUAUCAGCCGAAGGCACACAUGACGCGACGGCUGCCGUCCGAAUACGUGAUACCGGCGCUUUCGAGGCAUUCGGCGUCUUCGAACGAUGGCACUGAUAUUUAUAGGCGUCCGAACAUUGAUCUCAACCACGCCGAAGCGCGGCAUAGUAGCAACACGUUUCUGACGCACUCGACUACGAUGGAGACAGACAUUGAUAGUCAGGCAUCGUCGACGAAUCAAGCUUCUUCGUACCAUUGA